AUGGCGAGCACAAAGAAGUCGAGCAAAGAGUCUAUAAAGGAAUACGUGAUAAUAGCCGCUGGUGUGUUAUUAAUACUGUCAAUGGUGCUAUACACAUGCGUAAGCACAUCGCCCAACCGAGACAAAUCGCAGGAAGGCACAUUAGGUGUAACAAGCGAGCCGGAGACAUCUUCUACAGAUCCAGAAAAUAGCGCAGUGCAUGAAAACAAAGAGCCUGAUGAUGGAGGAAGUAAAGAAGCAGGUGCAGUAAUACCAGUUGAGCAAUUGGAUGAUAUAAUAGGUGCAGAGCAUACUUCUACGUCUUUAGACAUGUAUGCGCAAGAUGAAUACAGCAAUUCUUCUACAAAAGAAGGAAAAAAAGAGAUGUCUGAUGACAUGUAUAAAGCGAAGCAUGCAGUGAUAGUGGCUGAAAAAGAGCACAGUGAGCAAGUAGAUAUUCUAAACGAGCUGGAUAAUGCUGCUGAUUGUGCACACAAGACCUUUUUGAGAAAUGAAGACAAACUAAAAGAUGCUAAAGUACAGUGUGAUAACUAUAUAAAUACAUAUAAACAGACUCAUGAAAAAAUAAUGGCUCUAAAAAAAGAAGUUACAGCUUGUUACAAAAACUCAAACAGUAUAACCCGAAUUCCAGAAGGAGAAGAUACUGAAUAUGACACAGAAAUGGAAGAGAUUGAUCGUCUAUAUGCAAGGGCGAAUCAAAUAAACGAGUGUCAAAAAAUCAAAGAAAAUAUAUAUAAUGGAGCUCUUACCUAUAUGGGAGAGCUAAAACAAAAUAUGAAAAGAUCAAGAAAAAACGCCCUGGAAUAUUAUUUACAUAAAAAAGAGGUGGAAGAAAAAUUGAUCUAUAGUAUACAAUGCUUUUCGGAUUUAUUUACAACAAUUUAUGCCAGGGAUAAACUGCUGUAUUCAGUGAGAAAGAAAGAGGCAUUGUAUAAUAAUAUAGAGAAUGAGGGCAGAGCAAAGCAUCUGAAAAAUAUAAUAGAAUUACAUGAAAAGAUUGCUCACAAUGUGAAUGAUGGGAUCAAUAUAAUAAUUGAUAUGCAUAUGGCACAGAAGGAUGUUAUAUAUGCUACAAAACAAGUAUAUAGCGCAUAUAAAACAUAUGAUGCAGCUGCGUGCAAGUAUGAACAGCAACAGAAGUUGAGAAGAUAUGAUUCAAGUGUAUCUCAACAUCAACCCGAGUUCUGA